GUGUGGGAAGGAGGAAGCAGCAGCGGGCAACUUUGCCGGGCAGCAGGCAGGCCGGCCAGUCGCCGACGGGACGGGAGCCGCGAAGCAGCCCAUGGAGUCGUCGUCGUCCUCGUCGUCGGGCUGGCUGGUGUGGGGGCUGCCGCUGGGGCUGCUGCUGGCGCUGCUGCUGGAGCUGAGCCCCCGGCUCAAGUUCUGGGCCAAGGUCUUCUCCUACUGCACGCUCUGCCUGGCCGCCUCCACCUUCACCGCCCCCGUCUGCCUGCUCCGCCACGGCGGCCGCACCGUCCACAACAUGAGGAUCAUCAAGAACGUUGUCCGGAGCUUUAAAUACCUGUAUGGACUGCGGUUUGACGUGAAGGGCCUGGAGCACUUUGAGGUGGAGGGCCCAUGUGUCAUUGUGUCCAACCACCAGAGCAUCUUGGAUAUGAUGGGGCUGAUGGAGGUCCUGCCAGACCGCUGCGUCCAGAUCGGCAAGCGGGAGCUGCUCUACUUCGGCUCCGUGGGCCUCAUCAUGUACCUGGGUGGGGUCAUCUUCAUCAACCGGAAGAGCACCAGCAAUGCCAAGUCUGUGAUGUCUGGGGUCGGCCAAGCCAUGACCAAGGACAAUGUGAAGGUCUGGAUCUACCCAGAAGGCACAAGAAAUGGGAAUGGGGAUCUCUUGCCAUUUAAGAAGGGAGCAUUCCAUUUGGCCAUCCAGACACAGGUUCCAGUCAUUCCUGUGGUGUAUUCCUCCUUUAAUACAUUUUACAACCCGGAGAAGAAUCUGUUUACAUCAGGGAGAAUCCAGGUGGAAGUCCUGCCACCCAUCCCCACCAGUGGCUUAACAGCAACAGAUGUCACGAACCUCAGCGACAGGUGCUAUGCCACCAUGAGGGAGACCUUCUUCAGACUGUCAGGAACAGCUGGCACAGUGAAUGGAUCCACACCCAGCUGUGCUCAUUAGUGGCACACCCAACCUAAGGACUUCUGCCUGUUGCCAAACACGUCAGCGGCUCCCUUGCUUGGGGCAGGGAUCUCUCUUCCCCCCCCCCUUCAGAGCAGCAACCCCUGAGGGAAGAGGUCUGGCUCAGUAUUUACUGGAGCACUCUCCAGAAUUCUUUGCUUGGAGCUACCAUUGACCCAGUGGGUACUUUCCAGCUCUCAAAAUGAUGAAAUGCGGAAAGAUGCCCUCUCGCUCCCCUCCUCACAAGUUUGGAGUGGGAGGGUGUCUUUGCAGGCCUGGGGCUUAUAGGGACCCUCUCAUCCUUUCAAGGGAUGGAGACCACUGAAGGGCUGGAUUCCACAUGGCCCUGGCCUUCCUGGCUGAUGAAGAGCAAGCCACAGACUUCACAAAGGGGGGGACCAUAGCCUUGCUGCAGGACUGGAGGCCUGGGCUUGGCAAGGGCAGCGGAACUUCCUUAAGUUUCCUCCCCGCCCUCCUCAGCCGGUUCGAAAGCCUUGCUGGGCAGGUGCCAAGUUGCUCUCUCAAAAGGAAAGUGAAGCGUCCAGGUUGGUCAAACACACUCAAGGAUCACCUCUCCCCAGAACCAUUGUCACAAGUUGAUAGUUUCUGCUUCUUUGGCAAUAAAUAUGUAAAAAAAAGGUCA